UGUCUUUUCAAGUUCUCAUUCAGAAAAAAAUUUAACACUUUAUGGUUUCAUUAUAAUAAUACUGAAGUUUUUAUAGAGAGGAUUUCCACUUUACUUAUUAGAAGAGUCAGGAUAUUAAAACAUUUCACACGGAUAUUUGAGAAAUCAGUGGGCUAAUAGAUGUUAAAUGCCUAACAAAGUGACUGCACUUAGUAGGUUCUUUUCAACCAGGGAUAUAAAUGUAACGUAAGUUGUAAUUAAUCAUGCUUACAGGGAAUGAGAGUCACUGGUGCAGAGAAAAAUUAGUAUAUGCCAUAAGUUCUGCCCUGAUCAGUUAUUAAAUAUAUUGAAAAGUGAUGAGCAAUUUGGAGAGUAAUAUGCAGUGUGGAAAGUUCACCAAAAUGAAGCUUUAUUCUUACAUUGGUUAUCUGGAAGCAAUCAAAUAGAUUGGGAGAGAUUGGCGAAUGAUAGCAAAAUAAUCUUUUUUCUUUGAAAUGGUUCUCAUUUUUUCAGGCCUUUUUUUCUUGCAUUAAUUCAUUCUGAAUUGUUCUUUUGUGUGUAGAUUUUCUUAAAAUUACAUUAUCUGAAUGAAAGAGGGCAGUCUUAGGAGGCAGCUCUAAUUUGUUUAGAACUUUGUGGCAAAGUUGAAGGCACCCUCAAAGUCUGCCUCUCUGCACCUGACAUUCCUUCCCGAGGCUGCAGGACCCCUCCCUGUGAAUAAGAGGAAAGGCUUGGCCAAUUACUGGAGACAAAGCCGGACAGCUGCCGAGCCCUCCUGGGAGGAGUUUCCUUCUCUGAACAGAGUUAGUAUAGUCAGGGGUUUGUUUGCAACCUCCUCCAGCAGAUUAUCUGACGUGCAGGUUGAGAUGACGUGUUGGGGGCGGAGUGUUGCUCUUUGCUGGGUACCCCCUUCGCUGGGAGGGCUUUAGGAUGGGAAGAAUAGUUUCUGUUGCCAGUUUUCUAUUUGGCAGAUGCUUUCUAACCCGGUGCGCCACUCCUCUCACACCGACUGGAACAUCAGGGCGGCCGCCUCCCCCCACCCCCACCUGGAGUCUCAGGUGGCACUGUGGCUACAUCCUCGGCGGCAUCCUUUGCUAAUUACUUGGUGGAAAGGGAAGGGGUGGUCCUUCUGUCUGGACCCCUCAUGGCUGACUCACAGGAAGUGCUUGCAGAGCUUGGCACUGGGUGAAGCAGCUCCAGGAUUCUGCCCCUCCCAGCCUCGGCCAGCCCGCCCCUCUCCGACGACGUAGGCUUUGCGGUAUCUCUCCAUGGAACAAUGAAGUGGUUCCAAGUUUUCUAAGUCUCCCGGCGAAAUUCUUUGGACUUCAGUGACAGUCUUCAAAAUGUUUUGCUACCGACUUUUUCAAAAGGCUGUUUUUUAAAAAAACCCUUCGUGGAUUGCUUUGUCUGAAGAUUACUCAAGGUGACCAUGGUUCAGCGCUUUAGCCUCAGGAGGCAGCUAUCCAAGAUUGAGCGGUUGGAAGUAAGUAACCUCGCCCAGACUUCCAGUGCAGUGGCCUCCAGCACCGAUGGCAGCAUCCACACAGACUCUGUGGAUGGAACACCAGACCCUCAGCGCACAAAGGCUGCUAUUGCCCAUCUGCAGCAAAAGAUCUUGAAACUCACAGAACAGAUCAAGAUUGCACAAACAGCUCGUGACGACAACGUUGCUGAAUAUUUGAAGCUUGCCAACAGUGCAGACAAGCAACAGGCUGCCCGUAUCAAGCAGGUCUUUGAGAAGAAGAACCAGAAAUCUGCCCAAACCAUCCAACAACUACAAAAGAAGCUUGAGCACUACCACAGGAAGCUCCGAGAAGUGGAGCAGAAUGGGAUACCCCGGCAGCCAAAGGAUGUCUUCAGGGACAUGCACCAGGGUCUGAAGGAUGUGGGAGCAAAGGUGACUGGCUUCAGUGAAGGUGUGGUGGACAGUGUCAAAGGUGGACUUUCCAGCUUCUCCCAGGCAACUCAUUCAGCAGCAGGGGCUGUGGUUUCAAAGCCUAGAGAGAUCGCCUCACUAAUUCGGAAUAAAUUUGGCAGUGCAGACAACAUCCCUAAUCUGAAGGACUCUUUAGAGGAAGGGCAAGUGGAUGAUGGGGGAAAAACUUUGGGGGUGAUUUCAAACUUUCAGUCAAGCCCAAAAUAUGGUAGUGAAGAAGAUUGUUCUAGUGCCACUUCAGGCUCAGUGGGAGCCAACAGCACUACUGGAGGCAUUGCUGUAGGAGCAUCUAGCUCCAAAACAAACACUCUAGACAUGCAGAGCUCAGGAUUUGAUGCACUAUUACAUGAGAUCCAGGAGAUCCGGGAAACCCAGGCCAGACUAGAAGAAUCCUUUGAGACCCUCAAGGAACAUUAUCAGAGGGACUAUUCAUUAAUAAUGCAGGCCUUACAGGAAGAGCGAUAUAGAUGUGAACGGUUAGAAGAACAACUAAAUGACCUAACAGAACUCCAUCAGAAUGAAAUCUUGAACUUGAAGCAGGAAUUGGCCAGCAUGGAAGAGAAAAUUGCAUAUCAAUCCUAUGAACGGGCCCGGGACAUCCAGGAGGCUCUGGAGGCGUGCCAGACCCGCAUCUCCAAGAUGGAGCUGCAGCAGCAGCAGCAGCAGGUGGUACAGCUGGAAGGGCUGGAGAAUGCCACUGCCCGGAACCUUCUGGGCAAACUCAUCAACAUCCUCCUGGCAGUCAUGGCAGUCCUUCUGGUCUUUGUCUCCACGGUGGCCAACUGCGUGGUUCCACUCAUGAAGACUCGCAACAGGACGUUCAGCACUUUAUUCCUUGUGGUUUUCAUGGCCUUUCUCUGGAAGCACUGGGACGCCCUCUUCAGCUACGUGGAACGGUUCUUCUCCUCCCCCAGAUGAUGCUGGCGCAGAAGGCAGUGCUCCCUCCCCUCUGGCGAGUGCAUGCAGCGGAGCAUUAGGCAGCAACUUACCUACUCUGAAGUUUUCUACAACAAAAAAGAGUUGAGUGAAUCUGUUUACAUUUAGAAUAAUGUUUUUUUUCUUCAAGAGACGCAAUUGCAAUAGUAUUUUUUAGAUUUUAUCCAAGAAGUUUUUUGGGCAAAAAUCUUGGAUCAUUUUUAUGUAGCAUGAUUUCCUUGGGAUGCAAAUCUUAAAUAGUCCUUUAACAUGAACCACCAAUCUGGAGCACACCGAAGGACAUUCUAAAUUGUGGCUUGAAGGACUGCACUAAAACCCACUAAAAAGAUGCGAAGACCUGAUUAGGGAAACCCGUUCAACCUAGCACCCUGCCUUGUCUGGGCCCACCACCUCUCCCUCCAGACUGACUUUACUGUGAAAUCCUGCCACAUUCCAUGUCUGAAUCUUUGGAUUCAGGGUGGAUUUCCCUUGUCCAUGGAAGAAAACAUGGAUCUCCCUGGCUUUCUCACCCGCGCUGGCCAUUCAUGCUAACCGUUGGAAGUACCAUCACUUUCGUAGCUGGUCCCUCAGCCUUGGCUGGGACACAGAAGUGAGAGCAUCAUGCCCCAAAGGAUCACUGCACAGGUCUGCGACAGUAUUUGGAAGUAGCCCUCUGAAUACUUCAUUAAGCGAAAUCCCUUGGCCGCACUUUGAAGAUUUUUUUAAAUGAGUUUAGUCACCAACUUAAAAAACAAAAAUCCGAUCAGCAUACUUGAAGAAUGUAAUACUCAGACUCUCAGUGCUUCCUUACGGUUUCUAAUAGGAUUUUUUAUUAUUGUUAUUAUCAUUAUCGGGUUUUUUUGGAAAGGGUUGGGAGGGUCUUUUAUUUUUCCUUUGAAAUAAAGAAGUGAUGUUUUUAAAUGAA